AUGGAAUCUAAAAAAUUUCAUUAUGCACUUGAAUAUUUAAUAGAUGUUUGGGAAACCUCAAAUGUUGAUGUGAAAGGAAAUGUUAACGAAGAACCAGUAGUAGUUAUUGAUGAAAAACAAUAA